UCCCCGGCGGGCCCCGCCGCUCCGGGCGGGUCGCUGGGCGUGCCCGCGGUCCCCCCGUGCCCCCAACCCCGCCCGGCCGCCGUGACGCGCGGGGCCCUCACGGGGAGGAGCCUCCGCCCUCCGCUCCCGCCAUCACCAAACUUCGCGCUGGUUCCCGGCCGCCGCCGCCUCCUCCUCCCGGCACAUGGCCCCGGCCCCGCGGGGCUGAGCUCCGCCACCGCCCGCGGGCGCGGGGACACCGCCGGCAGCGACACCGCCGGCAGCGACACCGCCACCGCCGGAGCGAGCGGUCCCUGCUGCCCGGGCGCGGCGGCUCUCGGCGCGGCGCGGGAGGACGGGGCAGAGCGGCGAGGGGCGGCCGGAGGCGGCGGGGCCGGUGCCCAUGUGCCCGCGGUCGCGGCGGGGCGAUGAGGCCGCGAUGAGCACGGCGGGCGAGGGGACCCUGCGGCCCUGGAAGCCCGACCCGGGGCAGGCGGACGGGGGGCGGCCGCCCCCGCCGGGCCCGGCGCUGCCGCUGACCCUGAGCGUGCUGGCCUGGCUGGGCACCGGCACCACCAUGGCCGGCCUCAACAAGUGGAUCUUCGCGGCGCACGGGUUCCGCUACCCGCUGCUGCUCUCCUCGCUGCACAUGCUGUCGGGGGUGGCCGUGGGGUACCCGCUGGGCUGGGCGCGGGGUGCCCGCUGCCCGCGGCCCCGCGCCCGCAUCUACCUGCUCAGCCUCACCUUCUGCUCCAGCGUGGCCCUGGGCAACCUGGGCCUGAGCUACGUGCAGCUGGACGUGGCGCAGGCCGUGGCCACCACCACGCCGCUGGUGACGCUGGUGCUGGGGGUGCUGGGGGGCCGGCGGCCGCACCCGCUGCAGUGCUGGGCCAUGGGCCCGGUGUGUGCCGGGGCCGCCUGCAGCAUCGCCGGCGGGCUCCGCUUCUCCCAGCCCGGCUGCGGCUUCCUGCUGGCCGCCACCGUGCUCCGCGCCCUCAAGUCCAUCCAGCAGAGUGUGCUGCUGCAGGAGGACCAUCUGGACGCGCUGUCCCUGCUCGGCCUGACGUCCCUGCCCAGCUUCGUGCUGCUGUUCGGGGCGGCCGUGGCGCUGGAGCUGGGCCCCUCGUGGCAAGGCGUGCUGCGCCCCGACGCCGCGCUCUGGGGCUGCGUCCUGCUCAGCUGCCUGGGCUCCGUCCUCUACAACCUGGCCACGUCCUGCCUGCUGUCCCUCACCUCCGCCCUCACGCUGCACCUCCUGGGCAGCCUCACCGUGGUGGGCAACCUGCUGCUGUCCCGCCUGCUGUUCGGCACGCGGCUGGGCGCGCUGGGCUACGCCGGCGUGGCGCUGACGCUGGCGGGGAUGGUGCUGUACCACCAGCCCCAGCUCCUGGCCGCGCGCUGGCCCCUGCGGGCGCCGCGGCAGCACCCGCACCGCGAGUAGGGCUCGGAGGGUGGAGCGAGGGGGGCUCUGUGUGAGGGCAGGGGCGCUGGGGAGCUCGGCUCAGCGAGCACGUGUGUGUGCUGAGGGGUGCGGUGCUGGGCACAUGUGUGCGCCAGUGUGUGUGACACUGCACGUGUGUGCGCCAGUGCGUGUGACAGUCUGUACAUGUGGGUGCCAGUGCGUGUGACACUGCACAUGGGUGUGCUCCAGUGCGUGACACUGCACGUGUGGGUGCCAGUGCAUGUGACACUGCACGUGUGUGUGCCAG